AUGGGUGAGGACCCCAAAACACAGUCUGGCGAUAGCCAGGAGCAGCGCCCACCACUUCCGCCGCGGCCCGCCGCCUUCACGAGCGCCUCGAUCGACUCGAAGCUCGCUACAACAGCAAUCACGCCGGUCGAUAUCCAGACACUGUCGUUUCCCGAUGGCACUCGUGGCACGUUUCCAACGCCCGGCGCACAAAAUGCCUCGACGCCGCCUGGCUCGUCCAUAAGUGGCUCAGCUACACCGCGGCAUGAUUUGGGCGAGAUGGAAGAUUCCAUGAGCGUCAUGAGCCUUGCGCCGACGAUGCGGCCUGCUGGCGAUAUUGCAAGCCUGCUCACGGGCGACUUCAACAGGCGAAGUCCAGCAUGGAACCUGCUGCGCUCGCAGUCUCCCGCUGUGCUUCCAUUCGAGACUUUGGAUCUGGACACUGCGACACACAGGCUUGCUGCUUUCGAGCACGAGUUUGAUCCGCUUCCCGACGACUCGAGCCCAGAUGUAAAGGACGAAGAUCGCCUUGAGCUCUGGAAGUCCAAGCUGAAGCAGUUCAUGAUUCUGUCAUCGGCCGGAAAACCAAUCUGGAGUCGCCAUGGCGACCUGGGUCUCAUCAACUCCUACAUGGGCAUCAUCCAAACCAUUAUUUCUUUCUAUCAGGGGGCUAAUAACCCCCUGACGGGCUUCACCGCAGGCGACACGAGGUUCGUCAUUGCGACGGAGGGCCCCCUCUAUUUCGUCGCCACAAGCAGGCUCGGUGAAAGUGACUCCCAAUUGAGGGGCCAACUGGAGGCUCUGUACAUGCAAAUCUUGUCCACCUUGACUCUACCGACCCUGCGGAACAUCUUCGUGAACCGGCCAUCCACCGACCUGCGCAAACCUCUGCAGGGCACCGAAUCGCUCCUCUCAUCCCUCGCAGACCACUUUACAAAAGGCUCUGCCUCGGCGCUGCUGGGGGCUCUCGAGUGCCUGAGACUGCGCAAGUCACAGAGGCACGCCAUUAACAAUGCCUUCCUCAAGCAACGGACGGACAAGCUCCUGUACGGCCUCAUCGUCGCCGAUGGCAAGCUCGUCAGCGUCAUCCGGCCGCGGCGCCACUCCCUCCACCCGAGCGACCUCAAGCUCAUCUUCAAUAUGCUCUUUGAAUCAGGUGGCAUCAGCGCCGGCGGCGGCGAGAACUGGGUGCCCCUUUGUCUGCCCGCCUUCAACAACAACGGCUACCUCUACAUGUACGUCAGCUUCAUCGACGGAUCCUCAAACAGCGACGCCUCGUCCCAACCAGCAGACGCAUCUUCCUCCAGCGGCGGGCAAACGGCCAUCAUUCUCGUGAGCCCCGACAAGGAGUCCUUCUUCGAGCUCAAGCAGAUGCGCGACGCCGUCGUCGCCUCUCUCGAGAAGAACGGUCUUCUCGCCAUCAUUCGUGCAGCCGCGAGUGCAGGCCGCCCCGCCAUCCCCGCCAUCGCAGCGGGCAGCCAGGUCAGCCACUUCCUCUACAAAUCCCGCGCCAACGUCCAGUUCUCCAUGUCCGCCCUCGAUCCCGUCUUCGCCUCCCCUAUCGCCCGUCGCCGCCUCAUGACCCUCUAUCAUCAGCUCCACGCUUCCGUCCACGCGAAGCACUCGGCCAUGCGUGUCCUGCACUGCGUCAGCGAGGAGGCCACGAGUCUCGCGUGGGUGACCCCCAUAUUUGAAUUUUACUGCGUCGCUGGCCCCAAUGUGAGCAGGGCUACCAUCACCCAAGGCGCGAACAAGAUCAUACAAUGGGCCAAACGCGAAGAAGAACGCAUUUUCAUCAUAGGCGGUGGUGUCUUUUAA